CCGAGAGCGCGCCCAUGACCCCUCCGGCCCGGGGCCUGUCCGGCCCCCGCUGGGUCGCCGUCCUGCUGCCGCCGCUGCUCGGGCUCUGGCCAGUGACAGCGAUUGAGAUUUACACCCCCGGGAGCCUGGAAGCUCUGAAUGGGACGGAUGUUCGCUUGAAGUGCACCUUCCACAGCCACAUCCCUGUCGGGCGGCAGCUGACGGUCUCCUGGAACUUCCAGUCCCAGACUAAGAGCCGCACGGAUUUUGUUUUGUACUACCACGAGGAGAUCUAUCCACCCCUAAAGGGCCACUUCAUGGGCAGGGUCACCUGGGAUGGCAACGUCUUCAAGAACGAUGCCUCUAUUAUGAUUUGGAACGUGAACCCCAGUGACAACGGGACCUUCCAGUGCCAGGUGAAGAACCCACCCGAUGUGGAUGGCGUGGCUGGGGAGAUCCAGCUGAGUGUGGUGAUGAAAGUGAGUUUUUCAGAGAUCCAUAUCUUAGCCCUGACCAUUGGGAUUGCUUGCGCUGUGAUGAUUGUCAUUGUGGUUGUGAUUGUCAUCUUCCGUCAUCGGCGGAGGGUUCGGCAAGACAAGAAACUGGAGGUGAAACUGCCUGAGAAGGAGAAGCUGAAAGAGGUUCCAGAGGAGAAGGAAAUGUCCCAGCUGGGAGAGGAGGCCUGAUCCUGCUGGUUCCACCACACACACCCUCCCCAGUCUUCAGCUUGGAUGCCAAGGGACUAGAAGGUGCCUUUUCAGGGCUCUGGACCAAAGACAGGGGUUAGAAAGAAGAGGCUGCUUUCCUUAUCCUGGAGGAAGGAAGACUCCAUUCAACAUCACCUGUAGCCACUGGAGUGAGAGGAGCCUCACCACACUCGCCUGUGUAAAAGGAAGCACAGACCACCUGCCAGAUCAGGCCUUCUUCCGCAGUCUCGCAUUGACAAGCAGGGGAGGGGGGCGGUGUGGAAGAGGGGCGUUUUCUCAUUUCUUCUUGCAAAACUGCCCCCUUCUUGAAAGCACAAGAACAACAUUCCUGGAAUCAGAGAGAAUUGUCUAGGCAAUGCCAUGUGAAGCCAACAGGGCCACGAGCAGCACCUGCUCCACACCAAUGUUUUCCAGAGAGAGAAUCCAUGGCAGGGAGGCUCCCUUUUUCUCCACUGCCCGGAAGUAACCCUGCAGAAGCUGCCAGGAAAGAGAGGCCAGGCCAGGCCAGCAAAUCCUAGAAGAGGGACCUGCUGCGGGGGGGGGGGGACUGGACUUGAGGGAGCCCCAUCUUCCUCCUUGUGUGAGCUGUCCUCUGAAACAGACUGGGAAGAAGCAACUAGCAAAAGGUGUGUGUGUGGGGGGGUGAUGACAGCCAUGCUGUCCACGAGUGCCACAGGUGGGCUGGCGGGCUGUGCAGUUGUUUUGGCAGCCAAAAUGGGAGGGUUUGCUGAGUGCUUUCCCUGCCAAAG